AUGGAAUCUAGAAGAUCAGAUUUGGUCCCAAGCGAGAAAUAUUCAACUCCAGCAAAAGAAGGCACCUACAAGAAGCUUCUUACGUAUGAUAAGGUCUUGAGGAAGAGGUAUACAGUUUCAGGACUAGGGCCGAGGACUCACGAUUCUGAAAUUUUGGUCAAAGUUUUGCGUUUUUGGCUAAACGAUCACCCAAGUUCUGCUAAAAGAUUAGAGCUCAUACUAUCUGAUGAAGAGGGAGAGAAGAUUCAAGCAACUGUGCAUGUUUCCGUUUAUGAGGCUUAUGAUUGCAAGGUCAACGAGGGAGAUUGGAUUCUCAUCAAGAAUUUCGAUGUCACUACUCAGACAGGACAUUGUAGAGCUACUUGGCAUCUAAAUCGAAUAUACUUGAUGCCAACAACAAUCAUCACAAAAGCUAAAAAAACAGAUUAA